AUCCCAGACUCUCGCUGGCCUUACUGAGUUUUAGUAGCUUUUCUUGAAUAAAUGUUUCUUCACUGACUGAAUGCCCUUAGGACAAUUUCCAGAAACUUUAAAUGGUGUCGUUUUUAAAAAAUAGUGUUUACCAGCUUUGCUUGUUUCCCUGGGAAGUGGGUCUGUGGAGCUCCUCGUGCUGCCAUCCUGACGAGGCAACUCGGGGCAACUCGGUGAGGUGAGCGGAAUUUCUUAGCAGGUGCUACAGUCUCCACAGAGAUCCUCAGAGAAAGGCCCUCCAGCUUGGUUCUGCCCUCGGGCACGCCCCCUCCAACAUCAGUAGGAAGGACUUGUUAUCAGAUAUCACAUGUCUUUAUUUAGCACUUAAGUAUGUGUGUCCCCAUUUUGUUCCAUAGUUUUUACCAAAAGCCCCUGUCCUUCCUCCUCUGCUCCAGCAGGGAUAGAAUCGCAGAUGGCGCAGCCCUCGGUGGCUCUCAGCAUUCCCCGUGUAAUCUGCUAACAACCUACCUUUCAAAGCUUACUAGUACUUCUCACUUUUCACUGCCUUGUCCUUUCCUUUGGCAAGAUUCCUUCCUUCAUGAGGAAGGGGGUCCCAGGGCAAGUUAGAAAGGCCAGAAAUCAUCUUGGAGUCCAAGGGCAGCCCCCCCGAGGGGGGGGUGUCCACAGGGAUAUAAGUUCCAAGUACCCUGACACCAGAUGGCCUCAUGGCAGGCAAGUGGGGCCAGCGGCUGAAGGAAGCUGUGUGCUCUGCAGGGUUGUAGUGCGAGUGCCUGACAGCAAGCUUUGGAGAGCCCAGACCUCCAGGGCCAAGGCAUUCAUCUCAGGAAACAGACCACCAGCUGACGGACACAGCUACCAGCUACACAACUGGGUGGUUGGCUUCCUCUGUGUGCCUCACCCAACCCGUGAGCUCCUUGGCGGGUGGCCAUGCCUCACAUGCACCACAGCGGCCCCAGAGCCUGGGGCGGGUGGCCAGAGUCCACAAAUGUCUGCUCCACGCCUGAUCGCUGCUGCAGCUGCAGACAAGGGGCCUGUGUACAGUGGGCACCUGGUGUGGGCCGCUCCGUCAGCAGGUCCGGGGGAAACUGCAGAGAGAACGCCAGUGGCGGUCACUGCGCUACGGCCACACCCAUCUGAGACAGACGGUAAUCCAGUUACCAGGGAGAAGUUCCCAGGAAUAAAGAUUCGGAGGUCGGUUUCCGGUUCCUGACCUGGUGCCGUCUCCACGGGCUUGGUGGACAAACUUGACCUGCAGCGAGCCAGAGCCUCAGGCUGCGUGGCUGCCACCGGCCAGGGCUUCUGUUAGACCUGCAGAGACAAGGAAGCACUGCGAACUGCCUGCGGUUUGCUGCCAGGAGAGUUGAUGGAAUCGACAGCAGGGCACUCACCUAGAUAUCCUGCUGUGGACACCUGGGAACAUUUAUGAAAUCUGGGGCUGUCACAUUGUUUUCUGUGUAUUUAAGGGAAAAAAUGUAAUUUAAAAAAUGAAUAGAGGUGACUGAGUGACUCAGUAGGUUAAGC